GACACCCAGCAUCACUCAUUUUAGUUGGGGGUCCACAUGAUUCAGGAUUCGUUAUGAAAGUCCUGCACCGGACCAGAUAGCUCAUCACUUUCCACAGAUUGAUCCAAAGCUCUAUCCUUCAAGAGGCGACAGCAGGACAUCACAUUAACUUCUCAGCAGAAUACGCGCAGCUUCCUAUUACCAUGGAAAAACAGCCCACGGUGGUGUUUCAUAAUGUGGGGCAAGUUUACUUCCCCCAAUCCAGAGUGGAGUGCCACUACAGUCUGACCUCUGACCACCGCUGGAGCAGCUCUGACUGGAUAGGGAUUUUUGAGGUGGGCUGUACUUCAAGGAAACAAUAUCACACAUAUACGUGGGCUCUUGUCCCUGAAGGCUACACUGAAGGUACCAGCGUAAACUGCUGUGCACUUUUCCACGCUUCCUACCUGCCCCGGCCCAGUGCUGUGGAGUAUCAGUUUAUAUACGUAGAAAAGAUGGGAAAGUUGUGUGCCCGAAGUCGUCCCUUCACCUUCAGAGCUCCCAAACCGCUGGAGGAGCUGGAGACUCUGAAAGAGGAGCGAGGUGAGGAGGACGGAGAGGAAGAGGAUCUGCUACUGGUCAUCACCAAGGCUCAGCUGCUGCAGAGUCAGCUGGAUGAAAGCUUAAAAAAACAAGCAGAUAUACAUCUGGCCCUGGACUGGGCGAAAGAGGAGGCAGAGAAGCAGAAAGAGGACAGCAGAAAAGCAAGGGUGGCCUGGGAGCUCGAAAGAGAAGCAAUGAAGCAGGAGAUCUCAGAGCUCAGAGCCAACAUGAAACACAACUGUGAGAUCUUGAAGAAGAUAGAAGGAAAUCACAAGAAUGUAAAAUAUAGUCAGGAAAAUCUGACAUCAGAGCUGAGUAAACUGAUGGUUGAAAAAGACGAAAGUGAGCAGCGGAUCCAAGAGCUGGAGGAGGACAUCAAGGUCUUGAAUGACAGGGAGACAGAGGAGAACAGUGAACUGGAAAGGCUGAAGGAGAGAGUGAAGAAAAUGUCCAGUCAAAUGAAACAUGAUGAGGAAAAGAGAAAGUGUCUGCAGCGGGAGUACGAGGCGGCUCUGGUGGAGGUUCGAGGCCUGCAGGAUCGUCUGGAGGCUAGUGAGCAUGUAGCUGAGAGCCUCCGCAGGGAGCUGAGGGAGCUGGGCAUCCGUCAGGGCCACACCAACACCGAGCUGCACCAGGCCCGGCUGCAGGUGGCCCAGCUCACCCUGCAGCUGUCCGAGGAGAACCUGGUGCUCAGGGAGGAGAGAGCCAACUGGACUCUAGAGAGAGAGGCGUACAAACAUGCAGCAGAGACAGAUGCAAAGAAAUUACAAGACCUGAGCUGUGAGGUGCGGAGGAAGGAGGAGUGGCUGCAGGAGGAGAGGAUGGAGAGGGAGAAAAUAGAAGUGGAGCUUGGACGAGAGAGAGAUUGCACUAGAGUGCUGCAGAGCGACUCCAAGAGAGAGCUGCAGGAGCUGAAGGUCGGUCUGAGGGUGGCCCAGAAAGAGAGGGAGGAGCAGCAGGCGGAGAAACAGGAGCUGCUGAUCUACAUCCUUCAGUUGGAGCAGAGGUUGGAAGUUGAAACUGAAUCAAAGGAGGAAGUCCCCACAUCCCUCUCUCCUGGCUCUUCCUCCGAGGAUGAAGAGAAUGUGUCCUCAGCUUCCUCCCUCUCGCCUCUGUUCCUGUCCACUCCCCUGGAGCGGCCUCACAGAGCCGACACCCCCGCUGCUGAGACCCCAGUCUCUGACACCCAGCCCCUUCUGCCUCUUUCUCUCUGCAGUGAGGUGGUCGGAUCCCCCAUGUGGUAACAAAAAGAUGGACGGCAACUGACUUGUAUACCGAUGAAGCAAGUUUGUGCCGGUCAUCAAAAAAACGUUUGGAUUGUUCUGAUGAUGUAGCUGUUUGUGUAGAAAAUGGCCUUCACAAAGGACCUAUUACAGAGUGUCUGUGUUGAAGACGACACCGUUUAUAGUCUUAAGGGUGUAGAAUGUUUUUUAAUAGAAUGGCUUAUGGUUUCAUUUCUACUUAAUAAUACAAAUAAUAUAUUAUUAUAUUGCUAUAUAUUAUAUUAUGAAUAAUACUUUAGAUCUUCCAAUUUAGACCCGAAUCGUCUCAAAUAAUGUCUAAGUUCUAGUUUUCCACUUGUUAUCCGUAGGUUUUCUAGUUUUUUUUUUAGCUUAUUCAAAUAUGUCUGAGCAUGCUGCAACUGUUUGGAGAAAAGUGUAUUUGAUGCCAUGGAUUUAUAACGUCUGCGUGUGAAUCGUGAAACUGUGUCAACAGUGUGUGUGUGUGUGUUACAGACGAGUGAGAAAUGUCCUGUUGCAGCUUGUUCAACUCAGCGUCAGUUUGGAAGAAUAUGAAAGUAAAUGUUAGUUAAUGAUAGUUUUGCUUAUUGAUCUGAGCUUCUGAGAGAGAUGGUGCUCUUAAAAUCUGAUGAUGAAUACGUGCUGGUCUGUAAUUUGUAAUCUUAAGUAUUUCAUUGCGGUCUGUAAAGGGAUUAUAAAGAAGACACUGAAGGUCUGAAACAAAAAGUGCCUUUAUCAAAAUACAAGAAAGACAACAACAAAUAACAAAUAAGCAAACAAGCAACAAAUCAAAAUGUAAAAACAAGAACAAAUCAGCCCAGUCUUUGUGUGUGUGUGUGUGUGUGUGUGUGUGUGUGUGUGUGUGUGUGUGUGUGUGUGUGUGUGUGUGUGUGUGUGUGUGUGUGUGUGUGUGUGUGUGUGUGUGUGUGUGUGUGGAUAUCAGAGCUAUUUUUGAGUAAAUUGAAGUAAAACAGAUGAGGUGUCUGAAUCCCUGAACAUAAGAAUAAGGCUGUUAUUUUCACACUACAAAUAUAGUUUAUAAAAAAAUACAACAGUUAAAAAACAACAAAUGUAACAGAUAAAAUGGUUCCAGCUUCAACACUCAUAAGAGAUGACAUUUUUUUCUAUCAAAUAAAACAACAUGAAUACAUUUCCCAUCAUUGACCUUACUGGAAUUUGUAUGAAGUUGUUUUUGUCCAAACGUAAUGAAAUAUCUUUGGUCUUUAGUUUUCCAUUCACAUGCUUACAUAUAGAGCUGAGGCCUUUGUGACCUCAUCCAUGGCUUAUCUAUUGCACCCGCUCAAAUCCAAAAUAACAAAAACAGAAAACAUUAUCAUGAAAUACGGCUGUAAUGUGAUAUUUGAAAACCUCUGGUCUUGGCUGAAGAUGUGCAAAUGAUUGAGUGUGAGUUAGAAAGACGGAGAGAAACAGAGUUAAGUCAUAGAUUGUGAUGUUUCCGUUCUAUAUUAUCACAAAUCAGUAGACAGUGACACACAGUCUGUAAACGUCAUUGUGGCAUCAGUGCUGAUCAUUUAAAACCUCUGUGUAUUUGAUGAUAUCACGUCUGGUGCCAAAUAUCUAUCUAUCAU